UUACACUCCGGCCAUAAAACGCGAAAAAUAACUGUGCACAUCGGAGUAAAUGCGUUGUACAUCCGUUGUUUUAACAUUGUGCUUAUAUUUAAGUGUUUGUCUGACAGGAAUAUGUCAUAAGUAAAGUCUUGAUAAAGUAAAUAUCGUGCGCGUAACUGGUCGACACGGGACUCGGGUUUUGCAUUUUUAAAAACGGCGGAUGAUGAGGGUGUUGUUGCUUUGUGCCUGUGUUUGCAUGGGCUUCUCAUAUAACAGACACUAUGAAAGGGAAUAUGGGAACUCACACAACAUAUUGAUGCUUAGCACGGCUCACUCCAUCAAGUUCAUCCCUCAGCACAGCUCAAAUGGGAUGAUCUUGUGGAGCCUUGACAACCCUUCAGUCAGUGACGACGGUAGGCGGAAGGUGAAGGGUAUCUACUAUGUGAUAAACAGUUUAACCCAGAGAGACAGCGGCCGCUACAUAGUGAGUGACAAAAAUCAGAGAGUGCUGUCAACACAGACCAUCGAGGUCAUAGCAAAAUCACAGCACUUUGCAAAGAGAGCUGGGGGACAACUCAUGUUCACUUUUAAUCUGGAACCAAACUCCUGCAACAUUUACUUCUUACCAGAGAAUGACCGUACCUAUACAAAGUCUAAGACUCAGAUAGUUCGCAAAGGCAGGCUGCAGCAUAAUUUCGACGAAUUUGAAUGUGGAGAGUUUGAUCUGUUGAUGCCAUGUGGGAUCGUAAAUCAAAACCUCCGAGCGUCAUGCAGCGGACGCUUUGAGGUCAGAGACCGGAAUGAUGACAUGGCCUUGGAGGUGCUACUGGAGGUGGAGCCUCAGGAAGAUUCAUCUCUUUAUGCUAUUGGCUUUGGUGCUUUCCUCGCUGUAACUUUCUGCUGUACUUGUGUGAGGCUCUGCUGCUGCGGGAAGAGCUCCUCUGGAAAGGACAGCUCUGAGACUUCUGCUGCUGAAGAACCUGCUGUGCCUUGCCCCAAGUAUUCCCACCGUGUUUCUGUUUCAUCCAAAUUGCAGUAUGACCAUGAGCCUGUGCCUGUUGCGCCGAGGCUAGAACAACCCAGUGAGCCCUCUUGGACACACCCCCCUGCUCAGCCUUCUUACUCUCCAACUGCCCCACUGCAGAUACACAAUCCGCCUACUGUGAAUGUGCCAUGUACUUAUCCUGAGGUUUCAGAUGCAGCGGAGCAGGCAGACGCUCCAACUGUUCCUCUCUGCUCUGACCCUGAGCCGCGGUUUGAAGUGAAGGGGAUGACCUUUCCCCCUACCUUCCCUCUCAGUUCAGACUCAACUUCCUGUGAUGUUUAUACCUCAGACAAACUUACCUCCUUCUGAAAGCCUUUAUUUUGAAAGGUACAAUCAGAUGUGUAAACUCACUCAUUAGUGUGGCUUUAAAGGAGUAGUUUGACAUGGUUUGGCAUUUUGGGAAAUAUGCUUAUUUUAACACUGCCUUCAGCUGGUUGCCUGUGAACUGGUUCCAGCCAAGAAAUAGU